GAAAAAUUUAUUGAGAAUUUGUCAUUGGAAAAUGAAUUGACGGAUUAUGCUUAUGAAUUGUUGAAUUUUCACAAAAAAAAAUUCGAUUCUCAUUAGCCUACACAUUUUUUAUUCAGUUCAAAAAAUGCUUUACAAAUAUUUUUACAUUUUUCUUUUCACUUUUGCAAUUUUUAUCGGAACUUUGGAAGCUGAUAGCUGGGAGAAAAUUUUAAAAUCCGAGAAUGCUUCAAAUUCUUUGAAUGAAGUGAAUGCUCAAUGCGCAAAUGAUACUCGAACUUGGUUACAAUCUCUGAAACUAGUUGCAGAAGUUUCUGUGGAUUGCUUGAUUUCGAGGAAGUGCAACAAAAAAGAGAUUCAAAUUAUUAAGGAUAACUUUUAUGCGAUCGAACAGCUCGACGCAUUUGGUAAACUCCCCUCAUCAGGUAUCUUCGAAGUUCCUCUGAUCUUCGAUGGAUCUUACCAAGAAUGCCAAAGAAUUAGUGGUAAAAAAUAUGAAACGAAUUAUUGCUACUUGGUCUUGGUUCCUGGCAGAAACUCAUCCUGCUCUAUAGGCGGAGGUGGUGGCUUCUUGCCUAGCGCCGCGUUUUUCAGAAGUGCCACGUGUAUGUCUGUAUCGUGUACUUCUGAGGAUCUCCCGCAACUUUUUAAUCAACUUCCGCUGAUGCCAUUUACGGCUUGUGCAGCAUUUUGUUCAAGUUUUCCAGUUGAGAAGGACUCGGCGUUCUGGGGGUUCUCUGCAUUUAUGUGCGUUAUGAUAUCAAUUUUGGUUCUGGCAACUUUUAUUGAUUAUCUCAAAGAUGCUAUGAAAAAUGAGCAUUCCCCGCCGCCACAACCAAAUUUGAUCAUGAAAAUGUUGCUGACAUUUUCAUUAUGGACGAAUGCGGGGGUGUUAUUGAGCGUGAAGGAGCAGAAGCCUGGAUUUAUAAAAUGCUUGGACUGCAUUCGGUUUUUGUCAAUGCUAUGGGUUGUUACAGGACACACGUUUACGUUUGUGAUACCUCCAGAUACAUUACUCUCUAUGUCACACUUCACCGAUCACUUCUGGAAUCACCUCCUACUCAACGCAUUUGUCUCCGUUGACACUUUCUUCCUGCUGUCUGGAAUCGUCGUUGCUUACCUAUUCUUCAAGCAAAAGCAUAAAUCAUCUCAAAUCAAAAGCCCACUUACUUGGAUCAUAUUCUACAUGCAUAGAUAUCUCCGGUUAACUCCUCCAUACAUGAUUUUCAUUGGUUUUUAUAUUGUCUACGGGAAAUACGUGCAAGGUCCAUUUUCGGCUAGUCAGUUUAACACCCUGCUCUCUAGCAUCGCAACUUGUGAAUCGUACUGGUGGAAGAAUUUGUUUUACAUCAACAACAUGGGAGAUUCCAGUACAGCCUGCUAUGCACCGUCAUGGUAUUUGGCAGUUGAUACUCAACUAUACAUUUUUGCACCAAUAAUCCUAGUUGGUCUCUACUACUCGGCGAUAAUUGGGAGUAGCUUGAUAGCAGUUGGAAUGAUCGGAAGUUUGGUUACUGUCUAUAUUUUGUAUAGUAUUUAUGACUUGCCAGCUGAUUUUUUUGGAAAUGGAAACACCAAUCUUCUAUACGAUAUGAUUUAUCACAAGCCAUGGAUCCGAUGUCCUCCGUAUCUUAUAGGUCUUCUUAUUGGCUACGGUCUAGCUGUAUUUGGUCAAAGAAAAAUCCGGAUUCAUUGGUUCCUUGCGGUGAUUGGAUGGCUUGUGGCUUUUGGUCUUGGAAUGGCAUGCAUGUUUUCCACAUAUGAUUACGACAAAGGUGCUUACUGGAGCAUCUUUGCCCGAGCCACCUACUACAACUUUUCGCGGAUAGCCUGGUCUAUUGCAGUUUCCUGGGUUAUUGUUGCAAACCAUAUGGGAUGGGGAGGCCCCAUCGAUGCAUUUAUGUCCCAUCCGAUGUGGCAGCCACUUGGGAGACUGUCAUAUUGCGCGUAUAUUGUACACUUUUUCACACUUUUUUGGUACCUAAAUAUUAAUGAUUCCAGUAUGCAUUUUUACUCAACGUUUCAAGUGUUUAUUUACUACGCGGUGCCGGCAUGCCUCCUGUCCUACAUUUUCGCUUUCUUCUGGAGCUCAUUAUUUGAAAUUCCGAUACUGAAACUGAAGAAAAUGAUGAUUGAAGCAAUUCUCCAAAGAAACCAACGGUCAGAACUCACACAGGUGGAAACUUUAGUACAAGAGAGCAACGCGGGAAGUGAAGAGCAAUUGAUAAGAUUAUGAAAAUAAAGUAUUUUAAUAUACCA